AAGGAAAUGUUAGAUUAACGCAGCCUCGGCUUCUUGACUGACCACACAGACAGACAGUGAGUUUGAAGUGACAGAGUCAGUUCAUCUACAGCUGAAACAUUUUCUCCAUCAGGAUCAAAUUCAGAAUGAAUCUCCACCAUGUUCUGUUCUUCUGCUUCUUCUCAGCACUGUGUGGUGGAAACUCUGGGCUCGUCGAAGCAGAAAUAAUCACUGCCACAGGAACUGAAGGAAAAAGUGUUACAGUCAGAUGCUACUUUUCUCUCUCUGGAAGCUCAAAGCUAUUCUGUAAAGGAGAAUGUACAAAAGAAAACAUUCUAAUCAAAACCACUGCUGACAGAGAUUACAAAGGCAGAUACAGCAUCGAAUAUGAAGGAAAAUUUCUAUCAUCUGGAUCUCUGUAUGUGACCAUCAGACAGCUGAGGAAGUCUGAUUCAGGACGGUACAAGUGCGGAUUGAUGAACGCUUUUACAGAGUUAUAUCAGGAUGUUGAUCUCACAGUUCUCCCGUCUCAAGAUGCUGCGACCACCAGCUCUACCAGCUCCACCCCCUCUGUAACGGUCCCUGACGCCACCCCUCAGGUUGCAGGUUACGUCUGGUUACCUCUGGGUGUAUGUGUGCCUGUGGUUGUUUUGCUCUUGGUGGUUGUUGUGCUGCUCAUCUACAAAGUGAGGAAAAAGAGGAACUUUGAUGGUUUGAACACAAGAGGAAACUUGGACGAAAGAAACAUGAAGACUUCCCCCUAUGAGAACUGUCCUCCAGGCUUCAAAUGUGAGGACCACACCUACCAGAGCCUCAGUCCAGCCAGCAGGGAUCAGGACCAGAUCUACUCCAUAAUCACACACACACAACACACAUGAAACUGUUUGGAAAAGGCUGAGAAAAUGUGUUUUAUGGUAAAUGGGAACAUAAAGUGUAUUUGCUGUAUACUAAAAAUAUCAAAGAUGAAUAGUGCAUAUUUUGAUCAGAUCCAGUUUUUGAUACUAUUUAUGUUCUGUAUUUUUUUUCUGCAAAAGCUAAUGUAUUUACAUUCAGUCAUUAUUAUUGUAUUAUUGCUGUAUGGCACCAAUGCACCAAGACAAAUUCCUCAUCUGAUUACCUCUCUGGGUUGUAGCAGUGUUAGUGGAGUCCGCCAUUCCUGUGCUGGGUUCAAAAUGCCUUAGGGAUUCACAAGAAAUAAGGAAUUAUGAUGAAGAGUAGUUUUGUCUCAUCAAUAUCAGCCUCACUGUUUACUGUCAUACAGCUGUAUGAGAGUUAGUGCUAAUGCCACCGCAGCAUGUCCAAAAAGAAAACACAAUGUAUUUGUCACUAAGGUUAGUGCUGACAGUGAUUGUUGACGUGGUGAUAUCUGUCAUUUGCUUCACUUUGCUCUGUUGUGCAAUAUGAGAUAAAAAUAAUUUCUUUAUUAAAACUGUA